UUCACCAGCAUCAUCAUGAUGCUCAUCCUCAUCAUCUUCAUCAUCAUUCCCAAGCUGAUUGGUUAAUUAGUCUACCUCAGAAAAGUGUAAAUAACAAGAUAAUUGGCACAAAAGUUUAUCAUUGAAAGAACCGUUAGAUGUCAGUGUACAACGAAAUCUAAGUUUAGUUUAUCAUCUUCAUCAUCAUCAUUUCUCUGUCUAUUUAUCUUCAAUUUUCUCUUUCUUUCUCAUCCUCAUCAUCUUCAUCUUCAUCUCUAUUUUAUUUUUCUUUUCUGGUUCUUUUCUCUGGUUAAAGAUGAAGAUGAUCAUCAUCUCUGUUUUUACAUGAGAAUGAAAAACGUGAGUUCGAUAGUGAAUAUAAUUAUUACUUUUCCAACGAAAUAAUUGUUUUCCCAUUUUCUGUUUACUCUCUUGAAACAACAAUUAACAAAUCACCAGCAAUUAAACUGAAUUUCAACUUAAAUCCGAUAAAAAUAUCAAACAAUUACUUUUAAUUUGUUACAACAAUCAGAACGUAAUAUUAAUCAACUCCAAGUUUUAAUGAUGAAAAGAGAGAGAGAGAGAUUUGUUUUCCAUAGUUAAUUAUAUUCUUUAAAUUGUUACCAAUCAAUUGAUUUUUAAUCAGUAGUUUUUACCUAAUAAAAAGUUUGAUUUAAAUUGUUGUACGAACGAAACAUUUUUAAUUUUAAUUUUAAUUUAAUUGCGAAACAAUCAAAAUGUGACAACGAUAACGACGACGAUAAUUAUGAUUAUGAGAAGGAAACAUUUGUGUUUAUCUUUUAAUUGUGUGUUAAUUUUGUGAUAAUCAAAGCCAACGAAUUAAUUUUACGAGUAACAAUUAACGAAAAGUGUUAUUACAAUUAUUGUUAUUAUAAAUUGUUAUCGAAAAUCAAUCAAUAUUUAUAAUGUUACGAUUAAAUCCGAAACGAUAUUCGUGUAUUGAGAUUGACUCAUCAUCUCUGGAAUCACAAUUUGAAGCUGCCGGUUACUCGGAUAAUAUUGACCAUGAUCAAGAACCAGAUGAAACAGAGCGGGUUCAACGUAAAGUUUUCAUGAACUGGAUUAACUACCAUGUACCUAAUUGUAUAAAAAGUAAUCUAAUUGAGGAAUUAAGAGAUGGAACCAAAUUGUUAGCACUUUUAGAAGCGCUUACAGGUGAAAAAUUGCCUGGAGAAAGAGGUAAACGAUUAAGAAGACCCCAUUUUAUCAGCAAUGUUAAUAUUGUAUUACAAUUACUGGAGAGACGAAGGGUGAAACUUGUAAACAUACACGCAACCGACAUCGUCGAUGGUAAUCCUUGUAUUAUCCUUGGAUUAAUUUGGACGAUGAUAUUACAUUUUCAUAUCGAAGAGUAUGUUCGUUUGAACGCUUUAGAACAUCAGAGAGAUUCGAGUAACCAUCAUUCAUCUCAGCGACACAUUUCAUCUUCACCAGCACCACCGAAUACCGUUACAUCCCUUGAUUCUGCUCGAAGUAGCCUUAGAAGUACCUUAUUGGAUAAUAUUAACCGACGAUUUGGCCUUAAUUUAAGUGAUUUCGGUCGAUCUUGGAGAGAUGGUGAAGCCAUUUUAACCAUCAUAGAUUCAAUACUGCCACAAAUGAGAGCCCGUGAAAAGGGAAGAGCCGUUUUAACCAAUCGAGCCAGACUACAAUUGGCCUUUGAUCUGGCUGAACGUCAUCUGGGUAUAAUUAAACUAUUGGACGCUGAAGAUAUUGAUGUCGAUAGUCCGGAUGAACGAUCUAUAAUGACCUAUGUUUCCCAAUUCCUUCAGAGACAACAAGUUCCCGUCACCCAACCAGAGGUACUCAUGUCAUCAGUUAUGGUACAUCCGACUAAAAUACGAGCCGAUGAGGGUAACCCGAUAAGGAAAUGGAUCGCAAAUCUGGUUAAAACGGGUAUUAAUCAGUCCAAUUUGGCCUCAUUACAGAGGGAACAGGCUGAAUUAUCAAGUGAAUUUGAGCGUCUUCAAUCAACUCUCGAUUCUGAAACUCGACAAAAUUGGCAUCUCAUUGAAAACGAAUUAGCAAUCGCCAAGUCGAUAGUUGAUUGGAUUGGAAUCGCCGAGAAUAUGUUGGCCUCUUAUUCAGUUCCAACCUCAGGUGAACAAGUAGAAGAGCAGCUUAGAUGCCAUAAGCUUUUCUUUUCUUGUUUACCAAAACUGGAAGCCAAUUCUAACCUUUGGGAUUCGAUAGCAGCUCAUUUUAAACAGACAAUCAGGUUAGCUGAUGAAUGGUUACAAGCCAUGUUAGAAGCCUCCCGGCGGUGGGAACAGUAUCAUAUUGCAGCCGAUGAAUUGAAAGGCUGGUUGACAACCGCAGAAACAAAACUGGCUAACUCACACCAGCCGAAUCUCAAUCAGCAACAACAAACCGACUAUCUGAAUGACUUGAAAAAAUUUUUCUCCUCUCGAGCCGAAAACGAGAAAAUUUUGUACAACUUUGUGGCCUCAUGUAACGAUGUUCUGGCCACUUUACCCGAAUUUCACCAAUCUGGGCUUAAAGACACACUUCGAGGUUUGGAAAGUCGUUUCCAUGAGAUAACCAAUUUCAAAGCUCCGCAACAUUUGAUACGAUUUGAAUUUGAUCUGACGGAGGCCGAUUUUCUAUCACGAUUAACUAAUGACCCUGAAAACGAGGAACCUAUUUUAGAGCAAUUAAACUCAAUGGAAAAUCUUGGUACCGUUUAUUGGAAGAGAUUUAAUGAUAAAUCGAUUCUCGAUCGAGCAAUGUUCAACCGUCGAGAAUUUAUCAAAAGGAAAAAGAAACUCCGUCAAGAUAUCGCUUUCAUCCGUCAAGAGACAGUUGACCUCAUAGCAGUUGCCGAAUCUCAGCUUAAAUCGAUUACUCUGGACAGUCAGGUUGAAGUCUUACGACACAACGAAUACACCUUAUCCAAGAUUCGAGAACAGUUAAAUGUCCUAAGGUGUUUAACCAACGAAGCAAAUGUUGACCUGGAGAAAGAAUUGAAAAAUUUCGAAGAUCAACUUGAACGUUUAGCCGAACAGUUAAGAGCCAAAAAGAAGGAGAAAAUAAUCAACUGGCUGGAAAACGAAGCACCCGCUAAAUUAGAGUUAUUCCGAUCUGGAAGUGACCAUUCCCUUAAAGACGAGAUUAACAAAUAUCGAUCGAUCAUCUUGGAGGAAAAGGAACUAAGUGAUCGGGUCCAAUCGAUCGACAUUCAAUUGUCAUUGAUCGAUAUGGAAAAGUGUAAAGUCGCUUCAAUAGGUGAGGCCAAACAAAGAGUUCGAUCUUAUCAAUCGUUGAGAAACUUAUCCCCACAAUUGGAAAAGUAUCUUAAGUUUCUUGAAGAGGUCGUUCUGGUUGAAUGGGAAGCCGUUGAAUCGAUUAAAAAUGACCUUAAAUCCUGGUUAUCGGGGAGAAAAGAGUUCAACAGAAAUGAACUGAAAGAAAAGAAAGACGAAUGUGACAAAUUGUUGGAAAGGUUUGACAAGAAUCGACCGAUAAUUGAGAAAUUAGCCUCAGAUUCAGCACUUCGAACAUUACAAAAAGAUUUAUCCGAUAUGAUCUGUGAUUAUGAUCAAUUUUGGCGAGCGAUGGAACAAGAUGUAAACAAUUUACCGACAAUUAACUCAGAAAAUGUUAACCCUUCCGAUGGACCAGGAUCAUCGAGUAAAGUGUCAACAACUAUAACAAACACAACGAUCCAAUCGGUACCGGAAACGGGAACCAGUCGACAAGUUAAAAGUAUUAUUGAAGAGACUGUCCAAAGGUACGAGAAGACGGAAAAAUAUGAGAUAACCCGACGAGAGAAACGGGAAGAAAUUAUCGGCGGUGAUAUUGUCGGUUCGGCUUCGAGUGAUGUUACUCUUCAUGUUGAUUCAACUCGAGACGUGAUUGAAGUUAAAGAUGGUGGUAAACUUGAUGAUCAAAUAAAGCUAAUUAGUGGACAACAAUCAAACGAAAACAAUAAUGACAAUACAACUAAAUUAAGCCAAGAAUCAAAGGUAACAACAACAACAACAACCACAACAAUUAACAAGAAACAAAUAUCAGCUGAAGAUAAGAUUAAAAUUGAAUCAAUAGUUGAAUCUUUAAACCGUAUUGGCGAUUGGUGUAAGAUUAACAAUUUAACUCGAUUGCUACAAAAUGAGCUACUUAAUUGUGAUAGUAACAGUUUUAGUAAACUAUCAGCACUUAAAGAAUCAUGGACUAAUCAAGUUGAACAAUUAACUAAGAUUAAAAAUGAAUUAACGGAGAUUUCAGCUAAAUACAAAGACGUUGAUAAUGAUGGUGAUUGGUCAAAGUGUUUAAAUAAUGUAAAUAAAUUGGUUGAGAUGAUUUCGUCACAAUUAAUGGACAAUCGAUGCUACUUUGAUUUUGAUGGUGCUAAUAAAGUGCUUAAGGAAGCAUUAAAUUUCCGUGAUUGGUUAAAUCAGUGUAAAUUGUCAGUUGAGAAAAUUGAAGAGACGAUAAUUAAAUCAACGGAAAAAAGUGUCACCAUAUUGGAGACAAUGAGAAAUGAUCUUGAUAAACUAAUGGAUUUAAUUGGAACCAUUGAUUUACCUUCAAUUGAAAAGUAUGUCAAGAUUAUGGAUCAAGUUGAAGAGGAGAAAAUUAUUCUUACCAAAUUAACCAGCAAUUUGGAUCUUCUCAAAGAAAAGGUACUUGCUAAGGCCAAAUUAGAAGCCGAAGCGGAAAUUGCAGCAGCGGAAGCUGAGGCUAAAGCUCUUAAAGAAACAGCGGCCAGAGAAGUUGCCGAAAAAAUUGCCAAAGAAGCCGCUGAAUUGGCAGCCAAAGAAGCGGCGAUUGCCUCUGUUCAGGUCGAUAAAGUGGCCGAUAUCAAUGAGAUACCCAAAGAAGACGAGAUUAAAAUCGAUAAUCAUGAUGUUAAUCAGGAAUCAACCAUUCCAGUGGAGGAGAAAUUGAAUCAAGGUGAUCAACAGGAGACGGGAAAUGAAUCAAAUAUGCCUGAAGAGAGUGGACCAAAUGAAGAUGAGCUUGUAAAAGAGCUUGAAGAUGAGGAUGAGGAUCAAUUUGAAGAAGCCGCUGAAGAGAUGCCAGAGAAAGUGGAAGAUUGUGAAUCAACAAUCAAAGAAUCAGAUGAAGUUGUUGAGGAAGAACCGAUUGGAACAACUUCUAAUGAUUGGAAACAGUAUUACAAUCAAUUGGCAACUUGGCUACGUACCAAUGAUGAUAUUCUUGAUUCGUUGGCGGAAAAGCCCUUCACCAAUAUCGAAGCGAUCGGCGAGUGUAUAAACCAAAUAGAGACAAUGAGGGAAGAACGAGCAACCAAAUUGAAGCAGGGUAUUGAACUAAUUGCGAAUAUUCAACAAUAUUCAACGAAAAGUUCUGAUGAUACUAAUCAACAAGACGAUUUAAAGGUGAAAGCGCAAUCUGACCUCGAGGAAAUUGAGGAAAAACUGAACGAGCUUAAUGUUAAAGGGGAUCAGUUGAAGAGUAAACUUGAAGACAUAACUAAUCAACAUCGACAAAUGGUUGAUAAAUUGGAACAAUUAAAUUGUUGGAUGGAUGAAGUUGAUCGACAUGUAGCAGGUAACGAACUGAAAUCUGACCUGUUGGAGAAACGGGAGAAAUUGGAAUCAUUGGAACAGGAUAAGAAAUCACUUGAUUCAAAGGUUGAUGAAUUGAAAACUCUCAAGUCUCAAGUUGAACAGUUAAAUGGACUUCUUGACGAUGAAGUGACCAGUAUUCAUGAGAGACAUGAAACACUCAACGGAUCACUCGAGGAAUCGAUAACUAAAUGGGCUAAGUUCGUCAAUGAUCAUAGUGUCCUUGACGAUUUACAUCAAGUUUGCCGAGAGAUGAACGAGAAAACUUCACUACGAUUAAAGGAAAGUGAAGAAAUGGAAGAUCUUGAAGAUAAACAGUCCGAACUAAAUGAUCUAAUCAACAGUAAAGAAGCUAAAGUGGCCUUUGAAAAACUCGAUGAACAACUACAACGAGUUCUGUACCAGACUAGUAAUCCCGCUCGAACCAGCAUUUCAAAUCCAAUUCGUGAUACAAUCAGAGAGCGAAAUGAAACUCUGAACAAAUUGAAAAGUCUUCGAGCGAUAACAAAUGAGAAACUUGCGAUUCUUCAACAAUCACAAAUGGCCUUAAAACAAGCGACCAAAGCUCUUGACGAAAUUGAAUAUGCCAUCGUCGAGGCCUCUCUUUUUACCUGUUCAUUGUCGGAGAAAAAGUCUCAAUGGGACAAAGCGAAACAACUACUUCGAGAUUGUAAACUAAUCGAUAUCAGCUCAUUAUCUGAAAAGCCCGAUAUUGCCAAGGAAUAUGGUGCUCUUGUUGAACGACAUGAGGCCGCUUUGGGUAAACUCCAAGACCUUGUUGAAAGUAACGAAAAGGCCUACAAAGAUCAUCAAGCGUUCAAAGAAUCGUGUGACGAUGUAACCCAAUGGAUGAAGAAUCUCAAAGAUCGGGUUCCCUCUUUAUCGGCUGGUUGUCUUUCCGAUCGUCUCUCCUUGGAGACCACAAUUUCCACUUUGACUGAUCUCUUAAGCCGUCGACCAGCGGGCGAUGAGAAACUAGCCAACAUGAAAGAAUUGGGAUCUAUUGCAUUGGAAACAAGUUCAACCGAUGGUAAAAAGUUAAUCAAUCGAAACACCGAUAACCUGGAAAAAGAUUAUGACUCGUUGAUUGGUGAAAUCGAGAAAACAAUUGAACAUCUUCAAAUUCUCAUGAUCGAAUUGAAAAAGUUCAAAGAGGAAUACGAAGAUACCAAUGAAUGGUUGCAAUCGAUGGAAAGUGAAAUUAAACAAGAACGAACCAUUUGUCGAGGAGCGACCUUACAAGAGAAACAGGCCAAUGUUGCGAUCUGCAAUAAGCUCAUGGAGCAAUUGGAAAAAGGUCGAGAAGAGACGAUCGGUAAAUUGUGGAAAAAAGAUGUUCUAUUGAAUUCUCAUCUUGAAAAUUAUAUUCGAAAUCAAUUGAAACUUUUAGAAUCUCGAUAUCAAGUACUGACGAAUCUAUUUAAAGAUGUGGCCUCAAAGGUGAACGAGAUCGCUGAGAAUCAUGAGCUAUUCCAUAAUAAGUGUGUCCAAGCAACAGGGUGGAUUAAAACGGCCUCCGAUAAAUUGGAAUCCAUUGGUACCUAUGAGACUAAACGGGAAUCAAUUGAAGGUUCACUUAAAUCGUUAAGUGAACUGAUUAAACGAAAUCAAGAGGAAGGUCAAGUUUCCGUUCAUCAGGCAUUAAGUGCAGGAGAAAAGGCUUUAAGAUCAGCACCAAGUCAGGGUCGAGAUGUCAUCUCAUUAGAGAUUCAUGAAAUUCAAUCAAAAUGGGACAGAUAUUUGAAUAAAGUGAGUGAGACAAAGUCCGAUCUUGAAAUGGCCUUAAUUCAAUGUCAAGAGCAACAAUUAGCUCGUAAUAAAAUGAAACAAUGGUUAAAGGAGCAAGAGGCAAGAGCGGGUACACUUAAAGAGGGCAACACAACGGACGAUUAUGGUUCAUUGAAGGAAAGUUUAAAAUCCAAGAUGAGGAAAUUAAAUUCCCUCCUUCAGGAUCUCGAAUCACAUCCGGACAUUCAUUCUGUUACCAAAAGUUCACCUGAAUUACAAUCAAUGUACGAUCAAUUGGUUACAGAGGUUCGAGAAAAUAUCAACCAGUUCCAAACGAAACUUGAUCAAAUUGAAGAUUUUAAUAGUUAUUGUCAAGAAUUUAAGGAUUGGUUAGCGCGAUCGAAAGAGGACUUGGCCCGAUGUUCAUCAAGUAUCGAGAAUCGUGAGUCGAUCAACGAAAAAGUGACCUUAUUGAAACGAUUAACGGACGAUGAAGAGGGACCAGAGAAAUUACGAGCUGCGAUUCGAUGUGCUGAUCUUUGUAAGAAAAAUUUAAACAGUGAGAGAUGUGGACAAUUGGACGAGGAAAUAGCGGCAAUGAAUAGUGACCUAGUUCACAGGUCAACAAUUGGUUCGGUAAAAUCAAGUCUAGAUGUUGGUUUAGCGAAAUGGGUUGAAUACGAUUCACAGUUUACAAAAUGUUCAAAUUGGUUGGCUGUUAUUGAGCCAAUUUUAAAAGAGUUUACCGAACCUCAGAAAAAUUUACUAUCGAAAAGGUCAAAACUCGAGGAUUUUCAAUCGUCGCAUUUACAGUCAGUCUUUGAUUGGCAAACAGAGUUUCAUAUUCUCAAUGUAAAAGCUCAAUUGUUACUCGAAACUCAUGCCGACUCAAGUAUAUCUGCCGCUUUCACCCAGUUAUCCGCUCGUUAUAAUGACCUGGUGGCCUCGGCGAAAGAUGUACUCCAUGCUUUACAACAACGAUUCCAAGAGCACCAACAACAGCAAAGUAUAUUAACCGAAUGUAUCGAGUUUGUUGAUCGAACUCGUGAGAAACUUGAAGAUGUUCGUAAACAUUUAUCAUCGUCCAGCCUGGAAGAAUUGAAUACCAAUCUAACCAAGACUCGAACUCUCCUCGAUUCCCUCAAAGGCCAAGGAGAAACCAAAAUGUCUUAUCUACAAGAUUUAACCACGAAAGUUAUUGAACAUACUCAUGUUGAUGGAGUGGCCGAUGUGAAGGAGGACAUUGUCCAAUUAAAGGGCGACUUUGAUUCCCUUUUGUUGGAAACUCAAUCAACUCGAAGUUCAUUUGAAACCAAAAUUGACGAGAUCAAUUCAUUUGAGAAAAUUUGGAAUCAGGUUAUCGAAUGGUUCGAGAAUGAGAUUGAGGCCGCAAUGGGGAAACUCGAGAAAGAUGGAGAUAAACGGAUCCUUUUGAAUUUACUUCGACUCAUUGAGAAGGAUGUAAAUACCCACCAGGAAUUAAUCACAACCCUCACCGAGUAUAAAGAUAAAUUUCCAGAGGCAAACGAAUUCCUAACCAAUAGAUAUACGCCUCGAGUUCAAGUUCUAUCGGAGACCAUUAAUCGUCUAAUCGAAGAGAUUAAAACAGAUGAUAAGUUCAAAAUCGGAACCAAAGAGGCAACCGAUUGGAUUAAAAGUGUCCACAGUUUAUUUGAAAGUUACACCAUAAAACCGAGCGACAAGGAGAGUGUUUCCUCUCGACUGGCCGAAAUCGAGACCACUGCCGCUGACCCAAACCUUGAAAAGGUUCGAAAGCUAAUAACUUGGGCUGGUGAACUUGGUAAGGUUGAAGAUGAGAAAGAAUUUGAAAUGGAAGUAGAUUGGAUAACCAACACAAUCGAUGAAUGGAGAGAUAAAUGUUCUCAGUGUCUAGAGAAUUGGAUCAACUAUGAGAAACUUUUCACCGCUCUAACUCUUUGGUGUAAAAUGAAAAAUGAGCAAAUUUCCACUUCCGCUUCUACAUCUACUUCCGACUCCUCUCUCGAAUCAACUGAAAGUCUUUUAAAUGAAAUUCUGGACAAAAAGUCAGACUUUGAUCAACUUAAUUGUCUAAUGGACUUACUAACACCCUCAGCGAAUACAUCAAAUUUAAAGGAAGAUUUUAUCAAUUUGACCUCAAUGUACAGUUCACUGGUCUCAUUGGUUCGUAAAAAAGUGGACAAACUCCGAAGUGUCCAAGAAACUAGGAAUAAAUUUGAUUCGAUUAAAGCACAAUUAGAUGAUUGGAUGAAUGAAACUCGAUUAACAAUUGAUCGACCUUUUGAAAACCCGGUUGAUCGGCUUGAUCAUUUAAAAGAAACCCAGGAAACGGCCAUUGCUAAUGGCUCGAGUUUAAUCUCAAUGGCCACUGAAUUGGCCGCUAGACUCUCAUCGGAAGAUGAUCAACUUGGAUCACAAUCAAAGGCCAAUCUUGAAGAGCUAAAGUCACAAUUUGAUUCAUUGACUAACCAAUUGAAUGGAGAGGUGAAAAAAUUAACCGCUCAACUUGAUCGUUACGAGGAGUAUAAUGUUUUAUUGGACAGUUAUGAACAAUGGCUGACUGAUAAUCCGGAAGUAUUUGAAAAAGGUCACUCAUGUAAGGGCGAUCUGUUUGAAUUAAAAGCAUUGGGUGAUAAAUUGAAAACACUUACGGGUACAAUUGACCGAAAUCAUACAAAUUUAACCAAAUUGAAUGAUGAGAUUGGUGCCGAUACAAGAUUAGGUCCACGAAUUAAUGGUUUAUUGGAUAAAUAUUCAACUGCAUCCGCCAAUGUGACCUCAUUAUCGUCCAUUAUUGACCAUGAUACGAGUCGACUUCAAGCUUAUCAUCAAUUGUUACAGUCGAUCGAGAAAUGGUUACUUCAACAAUCAUACACUCUGAUGGCUCAUCUUUCCCUUUCCAUCGGUACUUUAGCCCAGUGUCGUGUUGAAUUAGCCAAACAUCGGAAAAUAUUGCACGAAAUCGAAACUUAUAGUGGCCUGGAAGAGUUGAAAACAUUGGGAGAAGAAGUUGUCACAUCUUGUGGCUACGAAAGAGAAAAAAUGACCUCCCAGUACAAUAAUAUUAAAGAAACAUUCGAAGCACUGGUUGGUCAAGGUAAAAGAAUCGAAGCUCAAUUGGCCUAUGCUUUGGAGAAAUUCGAAAUCUAUGAUCAAACGUUAGAAAGAUGCGAAGGAAUUUUAAAUGAGAUGAUGGGUAAAGACAUUCGAAUGGAGUUUCCACCUUUACAAGAGGCAGUCGAGGAAUUAGAGAGAGCAAAAAGUGUCCAUGAUAAAUUGUUCGAGGCAAAAUCGGAACUACAAGCGGCAAUCGCUGGUUGUUCAGAGGCAACAGCCGCCGUUUCAAGGCCUCCGUCACCAGAAAUACCCAUUAAUCAAGGUCUCAUGAUUCCCGAACGUGAGGUUGAAAUUAAAUGUCGACUCGAAGAUUCACUUGACCAUGUUAAACAACAGAUCACAUCGAUUCAAGAGCUAAUUGACCAGUGGAAGGACAGUGAACAUAAGAUGAGUCACUAUUUUAUCGUGGACAUUGUCCGUCUCUUCCGGCGGAUGCAUCGACCAUCUUGAAAAGCAAAACAAUCAAAUAACCUUCACAAUUAAAACUAAUCACAUCACAAAUCCAGACAAAAAAUUAAAAAAAAACGAUAAUCAUAAGCAAAAGAAACGACAAAAAAAAUCAAUCUCAUCUUAAAUAAUCAACUUGAUUUAAACUGAAUUAAAAUAAAUACAAUCCAAUUUAUCAUCUUGUUGGCAAUAAAAUUGAAA